AUGCCAAUGGGGCUAAAGGGAGCGCCGGCCACCUUCCAACGAAUUAUGAAUGACUUUAAGAAGCACUUAAGAGCGCGCGUAUUUAUUUAUAUAGAUGACCUUAUUGUAACUUCGGAAACUCCUGAAGAACACCUUCAGGAUAUAGACGAAGUCCUUUCCCAGAUUGAGGCUAUAGCAGCUCCGCUUUAUAAUCUUUUGAAGAAAAAUGCAAAAUUUGAAUGGACAAAGGAAUGUGCGGACGCUAUGUCUGAACUCCAAGAUCAUCUUGUUUCACCACCCAUUUUGGCAGCGCCUCGUCUAGGAGAACCAUUUGUGAUUGAAACAGACAGUUCUUCUAAGGCCGUAGCCGCAGUUUUGAGACAAGAUCAGAAUGGAGAAAUGAGAUGCAUAGCUUAUGCUAGUAGGGCUUUAAAUCAACAUGAAUCUCGUUAUCCACCAAUAGAACUAGAAGCGCUGGGAUUAGUUUUUGCGGUGCAGAAAUUCCGCCCGUAUAUUGACGGUGCGAAAUGUACCGUUAUCACGGAUCAUGCACCACUUAAGGCUCUCUUGCAUCGCAAAGACCUAAUGGGACGCUUGGCAAAAUAUCAAAUAAUAUUGCAGGAAUAUGAUAUUCAAAUUGUUUAUCGCCCCGGUAAGCACAAUUUACUGUGCGAUGCUCUUUCACGUAAUCCGCCUAUCUAUGGUAUAUCCACAGGCGAAGAGGAGGAAGAAUAUCAUUUCUCCUCUACAGAAGCGAGAAAGGAGCAAGAUGAGUGCCCGUGGAUAUCUCUGUAUAAGACAGCCUUGCAAGAAGGUUCUGAUGAGCCUGAACUCUCUGAAUAUAUUAUCAUCAAUGACAUGCUUUACAAAAUACCAACCAAAAUUACAGAAUUACCUCAGUUAGUGUUGCCCGAGAAUUCACAGUGCAAAUGGAUCAGUCGCCACAAGAACGCCGGUCACACCUCUUUUCGUUCUUCGGGCUGGUACGCGACGCCGCCUCCUAGUAGAAACACAACAGCCAUUUACCAUAAUCAGCAAUAG